AUGUAUGAGAAGCGGAGACUGACAGCGGGAGUGAAGACGAAGAAAUGAAUUAGUUGGAUGUGGGGGAGAGAGGGAGACAGAGAGAGAAUCGGAGCGGUGGUCACAGAGGGAGAGAGAGAAAAGGAAGAUUAGUGAGCGGAGCAGUAACUGCGGGGAGAGAUACAGAGCGAGAGACGACGCGGGGUGGGAGGUGGGGAUCCGCAGUGCAAAGGGGGAGCCCCCCCCCCUCCCCGGGUUGCAGGGCAAGGCAAGAGGGAGCUCCGUGCGAGGGAGGGAGUCGCAGACUGAACCGCCGGUGCCCCGGUGAGCCCAGGCCGGAGCUAGCUACAGCCGCGUCCCGGAGCCCGGGGCUGAGAAACGAUGAGGAAGACGGCGGCGCCCAGCAAGCGGGGAAUACAGGAAGGGAACCUACCCCCCGCCCAGCUGGAGAAGAGCGGCUGGAUCCGGAAGUACUGUGGGAGGGGGAUAUUCCGGGACGUGUGGAAGAGCCGCUACUUGAUGCUGAAGCUGGAUCAGCUGUGCAUUUCGGAGAAGGAGCUGAAGGACGAGAAGGCGGCGCUGGAGAGAUUUGAUCUCGCCGACUACGAGAAGUGCGAGGAACUGCGGAAAUCUAAGAGUCGCAGCAAGAAAAAUCACAGCAAAUUCACGCUGAUCCGCAGCCGGCAUCCUGGGAACACGGCGCCCAACCUCAUUUUCCUGGCGCUAAGUCCCGAGGAGAAAGAGUCCUGGAUUAACGCCAUCAGCACCGCCCUCGGCCGGGCCAAGAAUCGCAUCCUGGAUGAGGUGACUGUCGAUGAAGAGAGUUUCUUAGCUCAUCCAACGCGGGACAGAGCGAAGAUCCAGCACGCACGCCGCCCACCCACCCGUGGGCACUUGACGGCAGUGGCCUCCACCUCCACGUCGGACGGGAUGCUGACCCUUGACCUAAUCCAGGAGGACGACGCCGGGCAGCAGCAGCAGCGGCGACCCCGGCCCGACACCGACCCAGAGGCGCCGUCCCCCGGAGGCCUCGGGCGCCAGCGGCACUCGGCCGCCUCACUGGACCGGGACGCCCUCUCUUCGCCGCGGAGCCCGGGCAUGGCCAAGCGGAAUAAGUGCGCGUCGGAGGAGACCCUGCUGGGCCCCGGAGCCGGCGGUACCCGCGCAGGCCCGGUGGCGUCCCGGGGCAGCACGGAGGGCGAGCGGCUCGCCCGGAUCCGGGACCUCGUCGCCCUCAAGUUGCAGAGGACUCAGAUGCUGCUGCAGGAGUCGGGGCCGCGGCGGCACGGCCCGGGCUCCGAGCCCGACGCCCUGCGGCAGGCCCAGGGGCUGCUGGCCGAGGCCUUGUCCAACUGGAGCCAGGCCAAGCGGGUGCUGGAGGAGAUCAAGGAACUGAGGCAGCUGUGCGGGGAGCCCGAGCGAGCGCGGACCGAGCCGGAGCUCAGCACGGCCGGCCGCCCGGCCUGAUGUGAGCGGAGCCAGUCGGGAGGAGGCCCCGGUCCUGUGGGCGGGGCCCAGCUCCGCGGGGGCGGGGCCCAUCUGCCGGGGCGGGGCCUGUGAGUGGGGGCGGGGCCCUCAUGCGGGAGGGUGGUCCCAUCUCCGUGGAGGCGGGGCCCCUGAAUUGGGGGCGUGGUCUAUCCCCAGCAGGGCGGGGCUUCCGCGCUGAGGGGGUGACAUAUGUGAAGGGGCGUGGCCUGUGGGUGGGGGCGGGACCUCGGAGUGAAGGCAGGGUCUUUGUGUUAAGUGGAAUUAGUGAGGGUGCACAGGAGCUGAUGGGCAGAUUGGCCUCUCUCUUCCCUCUCUUCACCUCUUUCCUACACUCUUCCCUCUUCCUCAUCCUCCAUAGACUGUAAAAUAUGACACUGCCCAGGACAAUGCACUCCCUCCCCUAACGCCCCCUCCCGAAUAUUACCUCUCACCCCCUCGCCGACCGCCUCUGCACUGGAACGAGUGAGUGAGUGUCCGUACUGGACCGGUUGGCCUCUCACCCCCACCAGGAGAGAUGGAAACUUGCUUUACUUCCCCCCUCCCCACCACAUAUUGCUUUUGUAAUUCUGACCCUUUGAAUUGUGGUAGCAACAUCUCUCUCAGUUAGCCAUCAAGUCUUUUCUCAGCCUCCUUUGCUCCAAGUUCAAGGAGUCCGGCUGCUCCGCGGAGCAGAAACCAGCCCCAGAAACUCUGCAGUUAGAAUUGGCGGCUCAUCUCUCAGGGACACGAAUGCCCCUUCUGCAGGUCAGCAUUUUGACCCAGCCCCUCCAGCAUUUUGUGCAGGCAAUCCUCCUCUGCUGCAACUACUGACACCUCGCGUGCAUCCGAUUCCCUGCCUCUGCACACCCCCGUGGUUUCAGGAGCCCUGAAUAAAGGGCGAUGGGUCACUCUCCAAAAUAACCCCUCCCCAGCCUUCCUUCUCACCUAGAUCCUGCGAUCAGUGAGCAUGAGCCUCCCUCCCCAGCUCCCCUCUUCAAGAAGCCUCCAGACCCCUGCCUCAUUGUGAGGGAGACUGUGGGAAGUGAGUGUUGGAGAGGGGCUGGUUGCUUCUUUGGGAGGGGGGGGAGCACAGUACUGAAGCACCCUCUACUCUGAAGUUGUGCAGCGGUACUCUGUUCCCCCUCACAGAAUGGAAACAUGGGUAUUGAGUUAAGAGUCCCGCCCGAAAGAUAAGUACGACUGACCCUAUUACCUACAUGAAACUCCCCUUCACCCCCUCACUCCUCCCCACUACUGCUCCCUCCUGCUGUCUGUAAGCACCACAGAUAUGCCACACUCAGGGGUAGCUGGGGGCAGUGACAAAACAGACAGUCCAGGGCAAUAAGUUGUGAAACAGAAUGCAAGAUGGGGGGAGAAUGAUGUGCUGUGAAAAUGUUGGCCUGGGCAGGAGGAGAGUAUUUAAAACAGGGGCUACUGCGGGGAAGGACCCCUACCCUUCCAUUGCUAAAACAAAAAGCCGUUCAGUGUUAGUGUGGUGCUAUAAAAGCUCUGGGCUUUGUUUGAAGCCUGCUGGAUCUGGCUGCAUUGAACCCUCUGUGUCAGGGGUAUCAGUUCCAAAUGAACCCUGGCACAUUCGCAGGGAAAUUUUCCCGAAGAAAAAGGACGGACUGGACAAAUACGAAAGAGAGAGAGCAGCCGAUACUGUCGGGCCAUCUAAAACCCAGUGUUACGAGCUCAUGAAGCAUCCUUCUGCGCAGAUAUUUUUGGUUUGAAGUUGUGAUUUUAAUACGAGUAAAUUAAAAACUGAAUUUAAAAGGAAAAACAAAGCAGUUUCUACCCUGCCUUGGGUUUAUAGAAGGCAUUUGCACAAUCUUUCAACGAGCUUGCAGUGCAUAAUCAAUUGGUCUGUAUGAAUAGAAUGCAGGACAAACUUUUCACUGUGCAAUAAUAAACUCAUUCCAAUGUCUCUGCGUUAGUAACUGGAGGAACUCAACAGGCCAAGCAGCAUCUAGGAAGAAAGAGUCGAUGUUUCUGGUUGAGACCCUUUAUCAAUUCUGUUGUUAGGUUGAGGGUGCAGUUACAGAUACCCGCCUGUAGGGGGAUGACGAGCUGGAGUGCCUCUG